UCUCACCCUCCGCGGGUGGUCUCAUCCACUUUCCAAGCUCGGGUCCUCUACCAGAGGCCAGGGAGCUUGAGGGUUCUGCGCAGUAUCCUUGCUGUUCCUAGAACUGCACUUUUCUGGACUGAGAUGUCGGAUGUUUUUCCAGGGAUCUGUUGUAGCCACUCCUCCAGUUUGGGGGUCACUCACGUGCGUUAAACCUCACAUGCAACCCACCUACCUGUAAAAGACAGCAAUAUUCAUAUUUAAACUGUCUAUUGCUUAUGUUCAAAUAUUCAGGAUAGUAUGAGAUCAUAAUUAAUCAUGUACAACAUUGGUAAUCUGUGAGGAAAAAAGUAGUGUUUAUUUAUACUGCAGGUUUUGCAAUGUUACUGACUCACCAAAUGUUAUGCGUGACAGACAGAAAACCCCUGACUGCUCAGAGGUGAUUUCCAUUUACCUACUGCAAGUGACUGCCGCUAUUGUGUAUUGUUUAAGACACCAAUGAGCCCUGUUCACUAUUAUUAUAUGUAUCUUUUUUUUCGAUGCUGUGACAUGUCUCAAUGUCUGCAGUAAUGCUUCAUGAAAUUGAAAGAAUACUUAUGGACUGUUUGUAAUCCACACAGGAGCAUUUUUAAGGAAGAAAAUGAAGGACCUACCUGUACUGCUUGUUCUGUUGAUUGCACAACUUUGUAAGGUUUGCCCUCUUCCCCAUCCUCCAGACUCGCAUGGAAGCUGUGGGGACAACCCACAGAAAUACGUGUCUGACUCUAACCUGUGCUGCAGUAAAUGCCCACCUGGUCAUCGUGUUGUGAAGGAGUGCACUGGGACUGCUGAGACUGUGUGUGAGCCAUGUAAACCAGGCCAGUACAUGGAAAACUGGAACUACGCCACAAACUGUUUGUCCUGCACCAAAUGCAAAUCAGGUAACGGUCUGGAAUAUGCCCAAAACUGCUCUGCUACCAGUAAAAACAAGUGUAUCUGCAAGUCUGGGUGGUACUGUGACAUGGGUUAUAGUGAUGGGUACUGCACAACCUGUGAAAGGUACAGGACCUGCAAAGUCGGGUUUGGAGUCGUUGUAAAAGGGACAGAAGAUUCAAAUACAAAGUGCAAAGCGUGCCCCGAUGGGACAUUCUCUGACAAACCGUCCUACACCGACCCCUGUAGGCCUCAUACAAACUGCGGUGGCAGGGCUGUUCUUAGGAAAGGCAACGCCACGGCGGACACAGUGUGUGAGCCUGAGGUCCCGACAACCAGUACGGCGCCUCAAAGCUCGAUGAACGAGACCAGCACGUUAAGGGCUGCAAGCACAGUGACGACAAUGCACAGCGUCACGUCCGACCAGGCGCUCACGGCGGCGUCCACACAGUCAGACAUCUCUGUCACAACGCUCAACACCUCAACAAAAAGCCCAGCACCCAAAACAGGACCUGGUUUUCACACAGCUGCAACCGUCUGUGGGGUGAUAGCGGUUCUCUUCUUGAUCACUAUCAUUCUGCUGUGCUUUUGCAAGUCAUACUGCACCAAAGAUACACAAAUGCACUAUAAAGUAGAUGCAAAUGGAAAUAGCGAGAUUUGUGAGAAGCUCUCUCUGGGUUGUAAGGACGAAAUCAAGCUGAUUUCAAGUGGAAUCCCCUCACCAGAACAACUGUGUCUGCUGGAGAAAGGGGAAGCCAGCAGUGACUAUAGUCAGUACAGUAACAAUACAGAAUCUUUACCCAGAACUUGCGGCAGUAGCAGCCAGGAGUCCAUAGGACCUUUGCAGUCGACGAUGGGCCUUAACAACAACCAAUCCUCUGUUCUGUCGGAGCCCAUGCCAUUGGUUUCCAACACAAACACUGUCAUAUCUGAGUCCAGCAUCCUUACACCGUCCUCCCCUCAGCCCACAAGCCCUCAGAUCGUCAACCCUGUGACCACCAGCCCCCAUGUCAACGUCAACAUCACCUUUCACAUUGGCAAUGGAUCUUGUGGGACACAAUCUGUAAUGUCCACAGACUUGAAACAAGCAGACUGUGGACUUCCCUUCGGAGAAAAAGAGGAGUCCUUUAGCAUCCCACAGCAGGAAGAUGGCAAACAGUCGCUAAUGUCAGUGCAGGAGAGUACAAUUUGCUGCGUACAGCUACCUGCAUGAAGGACUGAAUGUAUUUUUCUUGUGUGUUAACUAUAUUUUGGAUAGUGUUUCUAUGUCGUCUUAUGACGACAUGUAAAUAUAUGUAUAUACAAUAUACCCACAAAACAAAUGUAAAUAUUGUUUCACUGCCAGUUAUGCAAAUUAAAGAUGUAUAUUGUGUAAAUGUACAGCUACAGAUUAUACAGCUUGGGUCUUUUUUUACAGUACAUCAUUUUUUAUAUAUAUUUGUUUUCAACUAUUAAAAAAGUUGUAAGGUGUAGAAAAAGCAACAAUGACGUGCUUAUUCAGCAACUAAAUAAAUCUAUUAAAAUGUA